AACACACCUUGAUUCGGACAUUAUUCCUCUCGGACAGAUUUAACUUUUGAAGGUUCCGCAGUGAAUUGUUCUCAACUCUCACCGUCACAAUUGUCAGCUUAUUCAAUGUCUUCAAGCUAUAUCCAACUCAUACAAACAAGUAUACCCAAGGAAUAUUCUAAUCAAUUGGGUUCUUUACCAAGUUCUACCUGCGGUCUCUUCGAUCAUGUCCUCCGGUUUGCGCUGGGCGGAGACUGUCCUGAGGACGCGUCUUCGGAAACUAGGACACAAUGGAAGGAGCGACAAUCUAUGCUAGAGAAGUUAAAGAAGAAAAGACCACGAGAGGAUGGGGAGGAGCGCGAUGCAAAACGUGCGAGGACCGAUGAGCCAGCAUUGUAUUCGUUACACAACAUCCCCGUAACGUCCCCCAUUCGAAAACGCGUCCAUGUUUCUAUUCACAAGUCUUCUUUGUCCUUCAUCCAUCCUACCAGUGGCAAUGUAGAGUCCAGUAUUUCGCUGUCCUCACUUAGUCGCGUCUUCCUACUGCCAACGCGCGGAAAGGCUAAGCCACACUGGACAGUAGUUCUUCUAUCUCCAGAUACUCAAGUCAUCUUUGGGAUUGACGCGACACCUCCGCCAUUCGAAACAACUGAUGAGAAGGGCACUACGACAAAACAUCCCAAGAGCACACCGAUCAUCCCUCAUCUACGCACCUUCCUCUCACACCUUCCUUUUCCAACUCUCGAACCUAACCUCAAUGUUUUCAAAAGUGCUCUCGGAGCCACCUCUGGUACCGAAGGCUACCGUGGUGCGAAGCCAGGCACACUAUGGUUCUUACAAGAAGGCGUCCUUUGGGAUACUUCGAAGACAUGCGAGUUCUGGGACAUGCGUGACAUUGCCUCAGAUGGUGUACGCACUAUCAGUGCUACGGGACGCAGUUGUUCGGUUAUUCUCACAAGAAAAGAUGCAGAACAGGCCGUAGACAUCCAGAUGGUCGACGGGAAGGAGCAAGAACCGAUCGCACGAUGGGUGAAGGCACAUCAGCACCGGUUUGGAAAAUCAGACGAUCCUGGUGAAGCUCCGCCAGAAGAUUCAGACGAGGAGGACGAAGACUUUGUGCUUCACAGUAGUGAUGACGACGGGGGAUCCGCGACAAGUGAUAGUGACGAGAAUGAGGACAACGGCAGAGCGAACGGCGAUGAGGAAGAGGAGGCCGAGGAAUCUGGUGAGGAUGAGGAUGAGGUAGAAGAGCUUGAUCCUGCGAGACAUCCUCUGCUCAGACCGGGUGCCAUGCCUAAGAUGUCCCGCGCCGCUCUAGAGGCAGCGAUUGGGAUUGUACAGGACGAGUUCAUUGGUGGACCUGUAGAUGGGAGCGAUGGCGAGGAAGAGGGAGAAGAGGAUGAGCUGGAGGAUUGAUUAAUCCACCAUACCACGUAUGUGUUGUUAUAGAACGCAUUGAGGGUUGAGCCUGGCUGACCAAUCUUCCUAUCCUGCAUUGUAGAGCGGUGUUCCUAGUUCCAGUGUAGAUUACGUUGUUGGCAUGAAUGUCAAAUGUCAGCUUGGCUGGUUCGUCCGUCGAAUUGAUGAUCAGCAUCUCUGGAAGCUGACAACUCACCUGAGGGCACUUGCAUCUGUCAGAUUUCAUGCUUUGCGAUAGGUGAAUGCGAAAUUUCGGCAUCCUGGUUCUCUCUAAAUUGGCACAUCGCACUCGCGCUUCGGUCGACAACCAAGUUAGAACCUCCCCCUGCCCAGGUUUCUGCGCUUCUCAAAUAUGCAUGCAGGGCAUCGCUUCCCAAUCGCCCGAACGUGCCUGCAGGCGACUGCAACCUUGAAGUAUGUAAGUCACGUUGUUCGCUAAGCAUUAAUAUUAUUCUAUUAUCAUCAGAUCCUUAUUCUUGCACCCGGGCGAAUACCAACGCAAGUCCGUGAAACAUGCAGGUAAAAGAUUAGGAUGCAGUUGAAGGGGUAAACGGUCUCUCUCAAUUAUCGCCGACUCCUUGAGUAGGCGAGAUUAAUACUGUCAGGCAGCCCCCGACACAAAUCAAGUAUAUAUGAAGGACAUGCUGAAGCCGCACAGACCUUAGCUCGUACCCGUCCGCAACACGCCGCACCUGCACAUUAAUUUCAGCAUUCGCUAGUGGGAAGGAUCCGUUGAAUGCGGACCCAGAAAGUCCACGUCCACUGCACUCGGAGGAACCUAAGCGCUUCGUCAGGAGAGUUGAAGGGAUCGAGGUACUCGUUUUUACGAGAUCAAACUGUUCAACGACACCGGAGGAUACCUUAUCGCUCGUCAGUCAAGUGGUGCAGGGUAUAGAUACCGUUUGUAAGAUUUUUCACCUACAUAAUAAAAGUAGAGUAGGGCGCGUCGGUAGAUUUUGGACAAGUACGAUGCCUAUUCGAUAUUCAG